UUGAUUGAUUCAAACACAAACAACAUCUACAGGAAUCCAGCAGAUAAAAAAAAGUGAGAGGGAAAUUUUGAAAUUUAAAUUCAAUUAAAAUUUUAUUUUCAGAAUUAUUUUCAGUGAAUACCCAAAAAAAAUGAAACUCGUUGCUCUAAUGAGAGAUCUAUUCCACCAACCAACAUCAAAAUUCAACCAACUAAACUACAGUAUCUAAAUUACUGUCCUCUUAUCGUUAACUCACUUCAAAUAUAAUAUAAUUAGAAAGAUUUUUUGGAUUCGUCGAGAUAUACACCAGAACUUAGAGCAAGGAAAAGGUGUGUGAAAUUUUUAUUUAAAUUUUUUAAAUUAAAAUUUCAUUUUUUUUUUAUUUUCAGAUUGUUUGGAUUAUCCAAAGAGUCCCAAAAUGAGCAGAGCAAAUGUGUUUAAAAGAAAAAAUAUCCCAAAGUGAGUAGAACUAAAAACUUCAAAAAUAACAAUGGAUAUUUCAGAAAUUCUCAGCCCUAUGUGCAAAAAAUAUUUUUUGAAAGCAAUGGUCAGUGGGAAUUUUUGAAAAUUCAAAUUCAGUUUCAAAAUCCAUUUUCAGAACCAAAUGAACAAUAUAUUGCAAAUUCGCUCUCUCAUGAAAAAAAAGUAAAUUCCACCAACUAA